UGGGGCGCCGCCCGGGAGGUGAGCGCUGGCGCGGGGCCGCCGCGGCAGGAUGGGGCGGCUCGGGGCCCGCCGCCUCGUGCUGUUCGCCGCCUGCCUGGGGCUCUGCGGGGCGCGCGGGGCGCUCGGAGCAUCUUUUUAUGGUGAAAGCUAUGUGGAGCUCAACAUCAAAGAAGUUUCAUCUGAGUUGUCUCUUCAGUUAAGAUUUCAAACCAGCAAACCGCAGGGAUUACUUUUUCUUGCAGCUGGGAAAAAUGACUACUGUAUAAUAGAACUUCUAUCAGGAAACAUACGGGUGAGGCUGCAUUUGGGUGCAGGUGAACAAGUCCUCCUUUCUGAGCAAAGACUUCAUAUGGAUGACCUGCUUUGGCAUUCAGUGGAACUGUACUAUGUUAAAAACAAUAUCUCUCUGGUUAUCGAUGAACAUUAUGAGACAACUGGCCAACUCACUGGUGGGAUGCACAAUUUGCACUUUCAACAUGGAAUCUACAUAGCAGGCCAUGGUGGACUUGACGUCCCUUACCUAGAGGGAGAGCUCCCCAAUUUCCGUGGAUGUAUGGAGGAUGUGGUAUUUAACCAGAGGGAGAUCCUCGCAUCCCUUAGGUCUUACCCUGGUUUUAAGAAGGUCUAUGAGGUGUCACUAGGAUGCAGUGAUGAAUUUUUUGCAGGGGAGGAUGAAGCCAUCAAUUUCUUUAGCUCCAGAUCCUAUGUCACCUUCCCAGAAUGGAGGGUGCGAGGGGAAGGGCUGGUGGAAUUUGCUUUUCAGACUGGAAGUCAACAAGCUUUGCUUUUAUUUCAGUCAGGUAAAGAAGGAAAUUUUGUUGCUUUGGAAAUAGUCAAUGGUCUGUUGAAGGCUCAUGUAGGAAGGAGCAAAAGUAACACCCAGCUCUCUUCUUUUAGCUUAGUUAAUGACAAUAAGUGGCACAUUAUUCGACUCAAAUUCACUGGAAGGUAUCUGGACCUGAUGGUGGAUGAGCAAGGGGAAAGGACGUUGCUGCCUUUGCAAAGCAAACCAUUUGUAUCAGAAGGUCCCCUCUUCGUGGGAGGUCUUGAUAACGGUAAGGGAGAAGAAGUUAAGAAGUUAGAACUUGCCUCUGUGCCCAGGAAAUCUGCUCGAGGAAUCUCUUUCAAAGGGUGCUUAAGAGGCUUGGAAGCCAACUCGGAAAAGAGAGCAUUAAAGAACGCCCUUGUGUCCAAAGAUGUAGCUGCCGGGUGUAAAUUGCAGAGUAGUGAUAAUGAGAACCCUUUCAUAACGACAACAGAAAACCUGCUUCGGUCAGAAGUUCCCCUUUCCACUAGCGUCCCUGAGGCGGGCAAGCCUUUUCCUCACCAUGAGAGUAGCUAUUUCUUGAGUCUGAAUAACUUGGUGGUCCAGGAAGGUGGGCGAGCCUUACUGGAACAAAGGCAUAUGAACGUGGAUGUGGCAUCUGAAGAUCUCGGUAUCCAUCCUUCUCAAAUACUAUUUAACAUAGAGGAAAUGCCCCUUCAUGGGUUCCUUCGAAUCGAUGUUACCCCUGCACAGGAAAGGGAGGAGGCUUUCACUAUGUUAGAUUUGGGGCAAGGGAAAGUUUGGUAUGUCCACGAUGGUUCAGAAGAACCUAGGGAUUUUUUCACAUUUUCAGUCUCAUCCAAGAGCAAGAAGGAAAUGCCAUUAUAUCCGCAAGGACAUGUUCCAUAUGUGUUUAACAUUACUGUCCUUCUGGUAAAUGAUCCCCCAGUCCUUAAGCUCCCCGAAGGAAACUUGCUUCUCCUGUUUGAGAAUUCUAAGAAACGACUGACUCCAAAUAUAAUACACGUGUCAGACCCUGACACGGAUUCCUUGAGUCUUAGUUUCUCAGUUCUUGGCAACUUCAAUUCAGAUGCUGGGUUUUUAGAAAACACCAAUGGUCCUGGGAAAGCCAUUACUGGUUUUACACAUGGGGAUUUAAGAGAUGGCAACAUUUUCUAUGUGCACAGAGGUCAUCGGAACUCCCGGAUCCUUCUGAGAGCAAGCGAUGGAGAGCUGGUUAGCAAUACGGUAGUGUUACGGAUCAUGGCUGUUCCUUGGGACUUUGAAGUGGCCGUUAGAACCGGGGUAGUCGUCCAGCAGGGUGGCACGGUUCUGAUUACACAGAGCAACUUGUCGGUGGAGGUUAACGGUGAACCCCAUGAGAUGGAGACCCGCUAUGCUAUCACUCAUCCACCCCAGUUUGGCCAGAUUCAACGGCAGGGGACAAGGGGCGAAUGGAAACAAGUUAGUUCCUUUUCUCAGCGUUCCAUUGAUCGGGGUCGGGUCCGGUACCAUAGUACAUUUCAAGAAUUACAGCUAGAAAAUGUUACAGAUCACUUUAAAUUUAAAGUUAAUGUAGAAGGAAAAAUCAGUGAAGAGCUGAUGUUUCCUAUUACCGUACACUGGCUAAAGUUUAUACUUCUGAAAAAUGUUCCUCUCGAGGUCAGUAAAAUAAGCAGACAAGUAUUAAACUCUGAACAUUUGCAGGCUGCGACAGAGGGUGUGGACGUAACUCAGAGAGAACUGCAUUUUAAGUUACUGACCCCACCUAAGAAAGGAAAAUUGCUAGUUGGCAAUAAAGUUCUAAAAACAAAUUCCGUCUUCAGCCAACAAAACGUUGCAGACUCUAAGCUAAGUUAUGAGCCACAAGAGAGGCCCAGGGAAGACACACAAGAUACCUUUAGGUUCCUGAUUGUCGCAAAGCACAUAGAAUCAAAAGAUUAUACUUUCAGAAUAAACUUUGAAGGAGAUAAGACACGCAUUAUUGUAACUAACAGAGGAUUACUUGUAAAAGAAGGAGAAGGGAAAUUAAUUACGAAAUCGGAAUUAUUUGCUCAAACACUGGACAAUCAGACCUUCCAAUAUAAAAUCACCGAAAGUCCUCAGCACGGGAAACUGAAACUGGUUGACUUUUCAGAUCCUCUGGGAAGUCGUGACAAUGUCACCACAUUCACUGAUCAAGACAUACUGGGUGAGCGGCUGAUGUAUGUCCACGAUGACUCGGAGACCCAACAUGAUGAAUUCCUCCUUGUGGCCUCCGCCACAGGACCAGGCCAAGUGGUCAGGCAUCUCGACAUGGAACAUUUAUCCACAGAAAUCCAAGUUGCCAUUUCUGUAGAGUUAAAGAAUGAUGAGAAACCAGUGCGUAUGGUAGAUAAGGCCUUUCAUGUUGUGAGGAAUGGCCAGCGCCUACUGACCCUGGCAGAUCUCUGUUACCAUGACCCCGACUCAGAUUUUGAUGAUGGGCAGUUGCUCUACACCCGGCGGGGCAUCCCAAAUGGAGACUUGGUGAGAGCCAGUGAUCUCACUCAGAAACUCUACCAGUUCAGGCAGGAUGACCUGCGGGAGGGGCGAGUGCUCUUCCGGCAUCGGGGUGCGGACUCCGCCCGCUUUGUGCUGUUCGUGACAGAUGGUGUCCAUUACACAUCAUCCCUUCUUGAGGUCAGUGUGUCAGACCCUUACGUCCAGAUAGCCAACAACACGGGGCUGGUUGUACAAAGAGGAGAGGACAGCAGCCUCACAGCCUCUAACCUCAGUGUCACCACAAACCAAGAUGUCAGAACAGACCACGAGAUCGAAUUCCACAUGCUGCAGCCCCCCAAGCAUGGCAGAGUGCUGGUCAACCAUUCAGUGUCCCACUCAUUUUCCCAGCACGACUUGCAACAAGGAUGUGUGAUUUAUAGGCAUGAUGGCAGUGGCAACUCUGAUAUAUUCAACCUGACAGUGAAAGUUAAAGAGAUAAAUGUAGACGUGAGCAUCUACGUACGAGUGUACUCCGAAAGCCACCGACAUCGCACCCAAAUUCUGCUCAUCAAGACCCUUGUAGUUGAAGAAGGAAAACCAGUAAAACUGAGCAGAGGAAGACCCCAGGCUGUCCAUGAAGAUAAUAUUCCUUCAGAGGCAAUGUUCACCGUCAGAAUUCCGCCAAUGCACGGACACCUCCGGAAAUCCUUCCCAGAAGAAGGCAGCUUGGGUGCAGAUGCCAAGUCCCCUCUGAUUUUCACACAACAGGAUAUUGAUGACGGGGCUAUUCUUUAUGUGCAGACAGCUCCUGACCAACAACAGGACCGUUUUUUACUGGAUGUGGUGAAUGGUUUCCAAGCUGUGAAUGGAAUUGAAAUCUUAGUGGAUAUCGUCCCUAAGAGGAUUCCUCUGGAGGUACAAAAUUUCACAGUCCGAGAAGGUGGUUCCAAAGCACUUCUGGAAGACUAUCUCAAAAUUCCCAACAAAUAUUUUGAGGGAGUUGACUGUGAAUUUGUUCUACUCAAACCACCAAAACAUGGUUAUGUUGGAAAUUCUCAUUUUCCAAGAGUAAAGCUAAUGAAGUUUACCAGGAAACAGGUGGAAAAUGAAUUGAUUUACUACGUGCAUGAUGAUAGCGAGGAGCUCCUUGACAAUUUCACCAUCUUUGCAAAUAGCUCAGAGCUUGGAAAACAGAGUUUGCCCCGAACUCUUUUUGUAACUGUGGAAUCCGUAAAUGAUGAGGCUCCAGUAAUAACAGCCAACAAAAUCCUGCAGGUAUGGGCGAAUUCUGUCACUGAGAUUACCAGGGGUGACCUCUGUGCAGAAGAUGAGGACUCCUCCCCACAGGAUCUCACCUACUGGGUCACUCCACCCAGCAACGGACAUUUGGCUCUCCAGUCCUUUCCUGGCCGAAGCAUCCAGAAUUUCACCCAGGCUCAGAUCAACAAGGGCCAGCUAGUGUUUGUACACACCGGAGCCAUGUCAGGAGGCUUUAAUUUUCAGGUUACUGAUGGUUUGAACUUUGCACCGCGACAAAUUUUUAGCAUCACCGCUCAAACCCUGACCCUUCGCUUAGAAGUAAACCGAGGACUGAGCAUCUUUCCAGGUUCCGUGAAGCCCCUUUCAUCCUGUGACCUGAGAGCUGUGACCAAUGACGCGGACAGCACAGGAAACAGAACUGUAACAUUUACAGUUGUAAGUUCCCCUAGACUCGGGAGGCUGGUGCGAGUCAGUUCUGACAACAGCACAGAGGAUGUUUCCGUGUUUACACAGAAUCUGGUCAGUGAACGGCUGAUAUUAUACCAGCAUGUGGACCGUGAGAACACUGGCUGGACUGCAGAAGACUCUUUCACAUUUACGACAUCCUCCCCACCAGCAGCUCUAGGCCCUGAGGAGUUUCGUAUUACUAUUUCAUAUGAAAUUACUGAACCUGGUCGGCAGAGUCGUCUGCUUGCAAAUACAGGAGCUGCUGUCAAGGAGGGAGACAAAGUUCUCAUUGACCAAUCUAAUUUAGAUGCUUCCAACCUCUUACUGAAGUUGCCCAAAUCUCAGCGAUCUUCCUAUGAAAUCUGGUUCCAGGUUACGUCUCUUCCUCACCAUGGAACCAUUAUGGUUGGAGAGACAAAUAUUACCAAAGGAAAAUCCAGUUUCUCCCAGUAUAUAGUUAAUAAAUUUGGAAUCAUAUACAUUCAUGAUGACUCUGAAUCGCUGGCUGAUAAUUUUACCUUUGCCGUUUGGCCAAAACAAAAGAGCAAGUCCACCACCAAGCCAGAGGCUGACUUCCUUGAAGAGAUGUUUGACAUCACCAUCUCUCCUGUUAACGACCAGGCUCCAGAAUUAAAGACAGAAGGGCUUCGGUUGAAAGUCCUGCAGGGAAAUAGGUUGGUUGUGGGACCUGAAAACCUAAGAGUGGAAGACCUAGACAGUCCUCCAGAGGAGAUCAGCUACAUGAUCGUCCGCCAUCCUAAUAAUGGCUUUUUGGCAAUGGCGCCCCAUCCAGACAUACCUGUUCACCAUUUCACGCAAGCCAACAUUGAUAACUACCAGGUGUGGUUUGUACAAGAUGGAAGCCCAUCUUCAGGUGUGUUUUACUUUAGUGUGACUGAUGGCCAACACCGCCCGCUCUAUAAGCUCUUCCAUCUGGAUGUCAUCCCCAUCUCCAUCACCCUCGUGAACCUCAUGGACCUACUUCUCCCACAAGGGCAGACAACUGUCCUCAUCACCAGUACUCACUUGUCAGCAACGACGAAUGGGAGAAGCCCCGAAAUCACUUACAAGAUGACAAGGCCCCUCCGACAUGGGCAUCUGCUCAUUGAAAACCAGGUGGUUGUCAGCUUUGGGCAGGAAGAUCUGCAUUCAGGAAGACUGUCUUACCAUAUGACAAAUCUCACAGCCUCAGAGGACCAGCUGUAUUUCUCACUAUUUACGCCAGAAAGUAACCUGACAGGACAAAUGCUGAACAUCAGAGUACAGCCUUUACUGCGGGUUAUGUCAAACCUGACAGUCGCCAACACGGUGGCUUAUCAACUGAGGAGAAAGGACCUUGAUGCUACUGAGCUUGCUAAUAGGACUAACAGUGACCCCAAUUUUGAAGUGACCACACCCCCUGUCCAUGGAAGACUUGUGCGGAGAGUGGGCCAAGGCACGGCAAUAGAAAACGUUACUCUAUUCACUCAGAGGGACAUUGACCAAGGGUUGCUGAUGCUUCAUCCACAGGCCAACUUAACAGGCAUCGAUAUGCUGAAUGACUCCUUCACCUUCUUGCUCAGGGCAGACCAAGUACAGCCAGCAAUAGGUCACCUCCCCUUCACCAUAGUGCCACCUGACCCCUUAUGUUUGCAAACCUUUACCCCUGAUAUUUCUUUAUUAGUCACUGCAGAUAACCUUGUGACUUCAGCUCUCUCUCAGGAAAAGCCCACAGUUUCCUCAGGACCCACAGCAAAGACAGAAACUCUGGGGAAGCUGACCCAGACCAGGCAGCCGGAAACAAAUCCCUGGGGACGACACCAUGGUGAAGAGCUUGCUCUGGAUGGCAAGGCUUCCCCAACCAGGGUCAUUUGGCCACCAGACAUCACCGAUGCCAAUCCUGGGGCACCCACCCAGCCCAGAGAGAGCAGUUAUCCUUUGAUGGUCGUUGUACCCUUGGCUGUGGUGGUCUUCCUGCUGAUAGUAACUGCAGUGGGCUUGUGCAUCUGGCUGCUGGGCCAGAAAGUAGAAAAGACAAAUCCUCUUAUCAAGCCCCAGACCAAUCUGGAACCUACAACCCCCAGUCCUAGGCCAGAAAGGAGCAUAACUCUUCCCACUGUCACAGUGACGCCCCUUCUAAAAAGCUCCAGCAGUCCCCCAGUGAGUCUUUUCAGGGACCCACAAAGAGAGCAAAUGGCUUCUCCAGCCGCUGAACCAGUGGAGAAAUGUGCUCCUUGGGAGACAUGGAUGAAUCUGGAUCCUGAUAUGGUCAAGCUCUGCCGACAAACCAACCCAACACUGAAGCACAACCAGUAUUGGGUGUAGACUGAGUGCUUUUGUUCCUGAUUGACCACCUACUGUACUGGGAUAGGCACUGGGAUAUAAAGGCAAAGACAUGUUGGUUAGAUCAACUGAGAAGAGCCUGGCCCUCCCAGUUACUCGAUGCUCAGUUAUGGCUCCAUGGUUAGAUGUGGGCGAGUGUUUAUUGUGACUCGUACAACACUCAUCUGAUGGGCUCUCCACAAAGAGCUUUGUCUGCUUCUUCUGGACCUGACUCUGAGUAUAAGAUGUUGUCAAUUAUUUCAAUCCUUUAUCAAGGUGCUACCAAACAUGCUGGUCCAACUGGGAACAGCAGUAUUAACUUGGGUGCUAGAGUUAAUGGAGGAAGGCUUUGGAUAUUUUUCACUAAGGAUUCAUUCUCUCUAAGUGAGUCAGCAAGGAAAUGCAGGAACUGUUUCAGCAAGCAGAAAAGGUAAUUUAUCAAAUCAGUGAGUUUGUUUCUAGUGUAUUUCUAUAAUGCCUUUUCCUCCUUGGGGUCUCCAGCUUUGACUUCCUAGGACAGGAAAUGCCUUGGUGUUCCAGAUGGUAGGACAGUCUGACCCCCUUCGAAGGUAUUCACUGAGCCUAUUGUGUUUCAUCAAGAGGCUUUAUCUGUUCAGAUUUAUAAAGUCAAGCUGUGGUACAAAUAUGAUUUGAAGCCCUAAGAAAUGGAAAAGUCUGUUAAAUGUUUUACGAUGCCUCAAUUUGGCUUCACUUUACAAUGAACUGAAGUAAGGACAAAUUUGUAUUUGACUCGUUUGGUUGAGCCUUCCAUUGUCAGUUUCAAGCUUCCAUUUCCGUAAUUGUGAAAUGAAGAUACCAGUCCUUGUUUUAGUUAAGAAUGCUUUGGGUUGCAAAUCACAAGAAAUUAGCUAUGAGUGCUUGAGAUGGGGGAUUGGCAAUCUUUAUCUAUGCAGGGCCACGUAGUAAAUAUUUAAGUCUUUGUGGGGCCCCUAUGGCUGUUUAUUUUUAACAAUCUUUGUUUCUUAACAACCUUUUAAAACUGUCAAAACAAUUCUUAGUUCCUGCAUUUGACCUACAAAUCAUAGUUUGCCAACUAUUGAUUUGGCUAAGCAAUAAAAGUGUUGAAUUAUUUCAACUAACAAGCAGCCUGAGGUGGACACUCCAAGGCUGUUUCAGUGGUUCAAAGAUACCAUCAAGGACUGAGGCUCUUUUGUUCUUUCUGCCAUACCUUCCUCAAGCUGUUGGCAUUUCAUUUUUUUGCUUGGUUCCUUGUGAUUGUGACGGACUGCUCAUAUUCCAAGCAGUACAGUCACAUCAAAUACAGACAUUUUAGUGGGGGAAUAAACAGAUACGGCAAAAAGACCUUUUUUUUUUUCUUUUAGAGAGGAUCUUAUUUAUAAUUAUUACUAUUUUUAAUCCUGUAAGGGGAGGCCUUCUCAAACAUUUUCCCCGUUUUAUGUCUCAGUCUAGAAAUGAGAAAUGGGCAAAAGGGAAAUGGCUAACAAUCUCUUCCUGGGGCUGGGAGAGGAUUCUGCCCUUCAGAGAUCAGUGGAUGAGCCCACCACGUAAUUAGGGGAGGCUAAGCAGUGAAUAGGAUCUGCUAAAAUAUUCUUCAAGUAUGAAAUAAUUGGGAAAUAAGCAUUUUGAUCUUUCAUAGGGAGGUCUACUUGAAUAUCUCCUUUUCAUAUUUCAAUGAUUUUCUUAAAACCAGCGGCUGGUGUUUCUAGGGUGGAAGGAAGAAUGGCUCCUGGAAGGGGGGCAUUUUGGCAGGGUCUGGAGACAUUUUUGGUUUUCACAACAGGUGCUAUUGGCACCUAUUGGGUGUAAGCCAAGGAUGUUGCCAAAUAUCCAGCAAAGAAUUUUCUAGUCCAAAACUUCAGCCAUGCCAAGGUUGAGAAACCCCGGUUAAUGCCAUAAUGAAGAAUCUUCUUGUCUACCCAGUGAACAAUUAAUAAACCCAUUACCACGUCUAAGCAGCAACUAUAUUCUAGAAACAGAAUGAAAGGGUGAACAUUCCAUCGUAUGGCUGAAACUCUGGUUGGCAAAUGUGUUUAUAAGAGAACGUAUUAAAAACCAAACAAACCUUGUGGGCAGACUCAUUUCUUUAGAUUCCUUGAUAAAGGAGAAGAUUUUACCUGAUACUAGCAGGUGGGACAGAACAGGAGGAAAUUUUUAAAAAAGUGAUGCAGGAUAUUUAGAAAGGUAACAAUGAGGUCAAAGUGUCCCCAGAAGUCUAACGGCUCUGAUGCGUUCCAUGAGGACAAGACUUUUUUCUCAUCCUUUCCCUUUUCUGCUUCUCUAGGUUGCUUUUCUGUCCCAACCCAAUUUUAACUGCUCUUUGUGGAAACAGACUUCAUAAUCUACAGAAUAAAUGGAAGCGGAGCGUAUUUAGACCUAGAAAUAACUACCCGUGUCUUAAAUCCCUGAAUCUAAUGCUAUGACAGCUGGUACUGAAGAAAACUUCUCUACUCUUCUUCCUAAAGUGAUUCUCCCCUACCUUUCUCUAUUCCUGAAUUAUAUGUAGCCCCUUUCAAGUGUUUUUGUACUUGAUCCUUUUAGAAAGGAGGAGGACUGAGUGUCUUAACCCAAGGCUGGUUUGAUCACUAGGCAGCUCAGAAUUAGUCUUAAGCUUGUUCUAAGCAGCCAGGCACUCAGACUGAACGGGAUGGCAGUGCAUGCUGGAGCCUGCACGCAGAAAGGGAAGGCUGAGGAACAUCUUUGCAUCCAGUUAGUGGGUUCUGUUUUCUCUCUCCGCUGGGCAAGGAGAGAGCUGCCUGUUCUUUGUGGAAGAGCCAGAUAUAGUUGGCUCUAUGACCACGUUGGCCUCUUCCUUGCUUCGACCACAAGAUCUGUGAAGUUAGGAUUACCAACCUGGCCAAACAAAAAAGUGUGAUUUCUUCUCCUCUUUUCCUAUUAACUCUGUAACUUCAUACAGAUAGAAUUAGUGUCUGUAUUGGAAUGAAACAGAUACCGAAGCUCUGACAUGAUAAUGCACAUUGUUUGUGAGUGUGCCUGCCAGAGCAAGAACAUUAGCAUGAGGUCCAGAUGUCAAGAGUCAGUAAUUAAUAUAGAGCUUGGAAAGUUUUCUUCCAGAGCAUCUAGAAUAUUCUUCUGAUUUACAGAUGGAUCCAAUUAAAAGGAAAAAAAAUGCCUACCAUUUGGUGCUGGCUCAAAUAAAAAAUGAAAUAAAAAGUUUUGGCAAAUCCUUGUUUAGUGUUGAAAAUUAAAGUUUUGGGAAUUGAAAAUCAGUUUGUAAUGGUUUCUCCCAUACACAGAGCUACAAUGGCAUAGUCUCUGUCAUAAUUAAUUCUCUCCCUCUUAGCAAAUGACUGGAGAAUUAAUAAAUAGAUGCCAAAGUUUAAUAUCAGAAGAAUGUCUGAUUAUUGCUUAAAAGAAGGUAUACUUUGUGGUGGGCUGGGAGUGAAAGGUCUAACAUUUUUCCAUAUCUGGAGGCAUUGACAAAUUCUAAUCUUUCAGGGACCCUGACCCAACACCUACUUGCACUUCCUUAGACUCCUGCAUUAGUUAGGUGGUAUGGGACAGGUGCUCUCCUUACUCAUUGGUUUUUCAGAUUUCCAGGACUGUAGUAGACACAUCUGGAGUGUGGAUGGAAGGUAAUGGAAGAUGAUGGCACAUAUCAGAUGACAUUCUCUGAAUUUGAAAAUGGAACUGUGCUACAUACCUCCUACAUCUUUUAGAAGCAUUGGAAUUAAUAAUGAGUCUGAGGUUGGCCAUGUGUAGGGAGAGAUGUAGGGUUGAAAGUGGGCAUGGAGCCCCCUGCGGGGCAAGCUCAGUGAUGGAGCCUUUGGCUUGGGUGCUCAAGAACACCACUGGCUGCUUGACAGAGACCUGGAAGAGGCCGACUUCUCAUAAUGAUUGCCAAACAUUUAUUAGGCACCUACUGUAUGUGAGAUACUAAAUAUUAUAUCCUGCUCCUAGAUAUUGCAGAUGCAAAACGUUGUCCUGAAAGGAUCUUUCUGGUUUGUUUCCUCUAGUAGUUUCUCCCAGAAUCACAUGAGGGGUGCCAGGAGAGAGGAAGGUAUGGUAAAAGAAGGACAAAGGGAAAUAGAGGUUACGAAAGGGCUUCGUGUUUUCACUUGAAGCGCUUUUAAGCUAGUAUUGCCCAUCCAGCUGUACCGUGAGAAUGAGGAGCCCACUGGCCCGCUGAACACCACAUCAGCCCAGUCUUGCACCACUGGUCCCUUGAGGUGCCCCACCAUGCCUAGUGACACCAUCUGCAUCUGUUUUGACCCUGGCUGUCCUCUUCCAAGCAGUGUGGCUUUGAGUAACUUAUACAGCCUCUCUGAAUUUCACUUUCCUCAGCCAAAAAUUGGGGAUAAUAUUAGCACCUACCAUUUUGGGUUUUGUUAGGAUUUAGUGAUAUUAAUAUUCUCAUCAUUAUCAUCACCAUCAUCUUCGUACAACAUUUUCAGUGUGGCAGGCGCUAUGCUAACUGCCACAGAAACAUUUUCUUACCUACAGUUUUAACGCAUUUCAAAAGAACUGUUGCAGGGCGCCUGGGUUGCACAGUCUGUCAGGCCUCAGACUCUCGGUUUCCAAUCAGGUCGUGAUCUUGCGUAGGGCUCCGUGCUCAGUGCGGAGUCUGCUUGUCCCUCUCCCUCUG